GGAGGAAGCCGGAAGUGCAUCGGCCAGGGUCCGUCUGGGCGUUGCGGGAUUGGGGCCUGGGAUCUCUUGGCCCCGGCAGCUAAGAAGCCUGUGACCGGGCGAAGCGGCGCCAUCCCAGCCCUGAGGCCUGCUGACCGAUUUCUGCAUGAACCCCCAAACAGUUCUUCUCCUGAGGGUCAUCGCUGCCUUCUGCUUCUUGGGCAUCCUGUGUAGUCUCUCUGCAUUCCUGUUGGAUGUCUUUGGGCCCAAGCAUCCAGCUCUGAAGAUUACUCGUUGCUAUGCCUUCGCUCACAUCCUCACUGUCCCACAGUGUGCUACGGUCAUUGGCUUUUCCUACUGGGCUUCUGAGCUCAUCCUGGCCCAGCAGCAACAGCAUAAGAAGUACCACGGCUCCCAAGUCUAUGUCACCUUUGCUGUUAGCUUCUACCUGGUGGCAGGAGCUGGCGGAGCCUCAAUCCUGGCUACUGCAGCCAACCUCCUGCGCCACUAUCCAACAGAGGAAGAAGAACAAGCACUGGAGCUGCUAUCUGAGAUGGAGGAGAAUGACCCCUACCCAGCAGAGUAUGAGGUCAUCAACCAAUUCCAGCCACCCCCUGCCUACACACCAUAAUGCCAGCAGGGGCUCUCUUCCUCAGCAGCCCUUCCCCCCAGUGCCACAGCUCCUUUUAUACCCAGAGGAGCCACUUCCCCCAGCAGGUCUCACCUGUAGGACCCUGACCACCUUCACCAAACCUUCUCCAGGAGACACUCUGCCUUUAGGCUUGUCCAUGUGUCCCUGCUCUGCAGAGCUGGGACUCUGAUUUUAUAUAAUGUACUCUUUCCCUCCCAGCACCCUCUGCUCCUUUCCUAUUCACUAGCUCCUUCCAACCAGGGAUGGUCAGAUAAGUUUCCUCUCCUUGGGUUGCUGCUGGUAGUGGCCAGUCCCUAAGAGAGGUACCAACAGAGCACAAGGGGAAGGGACUGUGCCAUGCAGGUUCACUUUGCCAGGCCCAGCAUUUGUGCCACUUGUGUAUCUCUGGGCUGACCCCUCUUUUCUUCUAGAGUGCCCAGGCCCAGCCAUCCACAUUGUGGAUUCUCUGCACUUUAGUCUCCAGGCCACUCCUCAUGUGUGUUCUGGUUUUCUGGAGAGAAGGAAUCACUGCUGGGGAGCAAUACAACUGUUCUCCUGCCCGGCCCUGGCUUCCUGUGGUUAGAACCAGGCAAGGAAGCAGAACCAGACAAGAGACUGACUCUUUUGAGGACCCCAGUGAAGGGGACUGAGUGCCCUAGCCCCUUCACCUUUUAAUGUGAGUGGUUUUGAAAGGAGAAAAACAAAACCAAGCAAUAGCAGCCAUACUCUCUUUCUAAAACAGGGAUAAAGCUGCUGUUGUUCAGAAAUGUAGCCCAUCCUUUAUGGCUCUGCAAUAUUUUGGACCAUAGCUCCCUCUGAGCCUAUAGUCACGCCUCCCAGUCUCCAACAGAAUGCAGGCUUUCUGUCCUGGCUCCUUCUUUCAGGCAGCUGUGGCUCCCUGGGGCCUUUCUGUGGAACUAGGGCCACAUGGCCCCCACGGGGCUGAGAACUAUGGCCUGGCUGGCUGGCCAGCGUGGUGCUCCUCAGAACUGUGGCACUGAGAUGUAACCUGGCCUCAGUUCAGGGACAGGGGCCAAGUAGGACAGGACCCUCCACUCUCCACACAGGUACUCCACCCAGAGGCCCAAUAGGUUGGUGUCAGGACCCUGUCAGAUGUGCAGGCCUGGCUGUAGCCCUCAGAGUCAAUGUGGCCCUAGACUGUGACUUGGGGCUACAGCUUGCUGCAUGCCCCUCUCCCGUUCUGGAAUGUAUGCUGGUCUUGUGGUGUGCUACUGGGCUGUUACUCUAGCUAUUCUGUUUGCCUUGGGUCCAGUUUUUUUUGGGGGGUGGGGGGUGUUUUUUUCCCCCUGUAGAUCUGGGGCAUAAGGUAGGUGAGACCUGAGAGGCCUGCAGCAUGGAUCUAGGUAGGCAAGCUGUUCUUGUUCAGUUAUGAGCUUCUCUGGAGUAAGAGUCUAGUGCUAACUGAAGGGAAAAUGAAUCCCAAUCUCCUACCACCCAUAAGACAACAGACAUUUUGAACAAGAAUGGAGAAUGAAUACAGUUGUUGAACUGUGACUACAAGAAGACUGUCAACUCCCCAUUCUUUGGCCAGAAAGAGUGGUGAAUAUGUGGACAAAUGCCUAUGCAGAUGAAGACCAAGUGUGCCCAUAAGAAAGCAUCUGCUUGGAGUUCCCUGCUGUAAUGCCAAAGUGUGCCCCAGGAUGACUCUCCCAUUCUUCAGACCCCUCUUUGAGGCAAGAAAGGUUGCCAGGUGAUGCCUGAGCACAGAAUCAAGGGGCUAAAUUAUGACUGCCUGUCUGAUGUUCUGAGCUCGUCAUAGACAGGCUUCUGGUGUGUGUCCAACUCUCUAACAUGGCACCUGAGAGAGCAGGCCAGAAGUCCAGCACCAAACAUGCAUGCCAAAGUGAAUGAGGACUGGACCCUGUGGACCGUUCCUUGUGAUUUGGAACCCACUUUUUACUAGCUUCCCGCUCCUCUGGCCUUUCUCUUUUCCCUGCCAUUCUCACACUGUUUGUCAUAUAGAUUACU